AUAUAUAUAUAUAUAUAUGUAUAUAUGUAUAUAUAUAUAUAGGGGUGCUUCUGAAGAAAGCAUCGCAGUUCUUCGGAGAACGUCUAUAGCUAUAAAAAUGAUGCGAUUUGUUAUACUUGGAACAUUGAUUGUUUUAUCUACGGCUCAGUUUCAAUCUACUAGAAGAAUUUUAGAAGCACCAAUCGCUGCGCUUUGUUCACAAAGGGUUAUUCAUGAACGUUUCAAUGGCAAAGGUUAUUACUAUUCAUGGGCUGAUCCAAGAACAAAUGGACAAGAACUUGAUUGGUUAGCAGGUAGAAAUUUCUGUAGGCAACGAUGUAUGGACCUUGUUUCCCUGGAGACUUCUGCCGAAAAUGAGUUUAUUAAAAGUCGCAUUGUGCAAAAUAAUGUGAAAUAUAUUUGGACAUCUGGUCGGCUUUGUGAUUUCAAAGGAUGCGAUAGACCUGAUCUUCAACCUCUUCAUAUUAAUGGUUGGUUCUGGACUGCAGAAUUACAAAAGCUUGCGCCUGCUAAUGAUCGCGCUAAUAAUGAUUGGUCCGAAAGUGGAGGUAUUGGAAAACCACAACCUGAUAAUCGUGAAGCUAUACAACAAGGAGGUGCACCAGAAAAUUGUUUAGCAGUAUUAAAUCAGUUUUAUAAUGAUGGAGUAAAUUGGCACGAUGUUGCUUGUCAUCAUAAGAAACCAUGGGUGUGUGAAGAUAAUGAUUCUUUACUGAGAUAUGUUCACUUCACCAAUCCUAAUAUUCGUACUUAAAAUAUGUAAGUAUGACACUACUAAACUGCGAAUUUUUAUGUAUUGAUGGGAAAUUUGAAACUCCAAAUUUGUACAGAAUGCACACAAUAUGACAGAAUAUAUAAAAUAUUCAAAGCACAGUGCUUUUCAUAUUAUUUGGUACAUAAAAGAAUUGUCAACCACGGUUUUAUUUUCUUCAUAAUAUUCUCAAAAAUUAUUUCCAGGUAAUUUGCAUAAAAAUCUGUAGCCUAUAUAUUAUUAUAAGUUAGAAAGAAUAAUAUAUAGUAUAUUGCACAAACAUUAAACAUUUAUUUCACAAACACGCACUCAUGAAC